UGAAACAUCACUACAUCACUUCCCCCGAUUCUCUGGCUGGCAAAACAGUCUAGUUCUUCCGAUUGCCAGCACACCGAUUUUGCACAUCGCAUAGACUCUUCCUUUGAAAAAGGAUGAGGACGUUGCUCGCUGGAAGAAAAGUGAAACGCGAAGAUAUCUGAAAAAUCAGGGCCACGCCGGCCCGGCCAGACUCCGAGAAAGUUGGAAGAUUUCUUUUUUCCCUCCAUCAUCUUUAUCGCUGUGUCGGAUUUGCCGAAUGUGAGGGACUCCUGGCACUCAGAUCAGAAACCGUGAGGGAGGAAAGACAGACUUGAGCACGCAGUUAUUUCUUAAGAAGAAGAUAGUGUUUUUGCAUCAGUUCGGUUUUAUACUCUUCCAAUUUGGUCUUGAAUGCCAUUUCAACAUGGGGUGUGUGUCGUCGGUCUUCCAGUAUGGAUCGUACCUCGUGGAUGAGAGUAAAGUAGAGGCAGCUAAGGAAGAACUUGAGAACGCAAUAGAUGAAAAUACAUCCUCAAAUGAAGUGCCACCUAAAGCUGUUCCAGAAGAGGAUGUGAAAGAGAAGCCAAUUGACGUCGAACAUGUGAAACUUGAGGAGGCAGAAAAGAAAAAUGAGAGUGCUGAACCGCUGGUAAAAGAGUUCGAUCUCGUUCGAGAAACGAAAGUAGAGAAAGAAAAAACAGUCAAAGACACAGGGGAAACGACAGAGAAAACCGUUUAUACUGAAAUUCAAGAAAGUGUGAAAGUAGAAGAAUCCAAAGAUGCUUCUCCUGUUAAGAAGAGCAAAUCACUCUUCCCAUCAUUUAGUAAGGAGUCUUUCAACACAUUUUCAAGUGCAUCUUCCAUCGGGAGACCUGCAUCGACUAUCAGUCAAACAUCGUCUGAAGUGUAUCAUCCAAUCAUUAAAGAAGUAAAAAAAGAAGAAUCUUCUGGGCUUUUUAAUGACCCUUUACAAACUGUGUCUCACGAGCAAGAUUCGAUUGAGAAAAAAGGAUCAUUGACAUCUUCUUUUAACAAAGCAUCUAAGGAUUUGCAAUCAAAAGCUGAAAAAGCCAUUUCUGAUGUUAACGCUCAAGUACAAAGCAAGACAGAAGAAGCUUCUAAAAAUAUUUCUGAUUUACAAAACAAAGCAGAAAAAAACAUUUCCGAUUUAAAAAUUCAAGCAGAAACUCAAGCCCAAAAAGCAGACUCUGAGUUGUCUAAACUUAAAGAUGAAACUGAGAAAACAGUUGCUGAUGCAAGUUUACAAUUACAAAAUAAGGCUCAAGAUACGGUAACUGAUCUGCAGACCAAAACUGAAAAUUUAGUAUCUAAAACCAAUACGGAGAUACAAUUGAAAACAAAAGAACUUAAAUCUGGUUUAGAUAAUGCUCAAAAGAAAGCUGUUGAUUCAAUUUCAUAUGGACAAUCGCUACUUCAGAGCAAAACCCAAGAAGCAGAAUCGAAAAUAAAACAAACACAAUCUCAAGCUGAAAAGGCUGUAUCGGAUGCGAAUACUUAUAUUCAGACAAGAGCAAAAGAAGCAGAGAAUAAAGUACAAGAUCUUCAAACACAAACAAAGGACGCUGUAUCAUCAAAAAUAAAAGAAACUGAAUCGGCGGCACAAAAUUUGAAAUCGAACGCUGAGAAAAGUGUCGCCAAUUUAAAUGAUCAGCUACAGUCUAAAGCACUGGAAGUGCAAUCCACAGCUGAAAAUACUUUGUCGAGCGCAACUAGCCAAUUGGAAGCAAAAACUCGAGAAGCAGAAGCUAAAGUGCAACAGUUUCAGUCAAAAGUUGAAAACACUGUAGCUCAAGUUAGUCAACAGCUUGAUGCAAAAGCUCGAGAAGCUCAAGGUGCUGUUCAGAAUUUACAAUCAAGCGCAGAAAGAACUGUAUUAAAUGCAAGCAAGCAGGUUGAAGAUAAAGCGAAACAAGCUGAGCAAGAAGUUCGAAACGUUCAAUCGAUGGCUGAAAAAGCUGCACUUGAUGCAACAACAAAGUUAGAAGAAAAAACCAAAGAAGCUGAACAGGCAACUCAGAAACUUCAGGCUAAAGCAGAAGAAACAGCGUCCAAUGCUGUGAAGCAGCUAGAAUCUAAAGCUCGUGAAGCUGAAUCCGCUGCUAAAGAUUUGCAGUCCAAAGCAGAGAACACCAUCCAAGCCAAAUCCCGGGAAAUAGAAUCCACUGUUCAAGGUGUUCAGUCUAAAGCAUUAGGUACACUUUCUUCAACAGCAAAUCAGUUACAAAGUAAAGUUGGGGAAGUAGAGUCGAAUGUUCGCGAAGCACAAAAUAAAGCAGAAUCUACUUUGACAUCGGUUACUAAAGACGUGGAAUCGAAGGUGGCUGGUAUGCAGAACAAAGUGCUCGACAUGACUUCAUCGGCGGAAUCUGAAAUAAAAAAUCGUUCAAAAGAAGCAGAAAAGCAAAUUUCAUCUUCUAUGAAAGAAGUUGAAUCUCAAAUACAAAAAACACAGGCGAAAGCUGAAGAUUUCGUUGCCACAGCUAACUUAGAAUUCAAGUCAAAAAGUAAAGAAGCAGAAGAACGGCUCACACAAAUGAAGGGUGAUGCUAAUGAAGCCGUUUCUAACGUUAGUGCGAAAUUUCAGGAUACAGAAAGCCAGAUACAAGCAAACUCGAAAGAAUCAUUUGAGAAUUUCAUGCCCAAAAUGGCUAUGGGAGCUCUCGCUGGACUCCCUGGCUUGCAGAACAGCUCGGGUGCGGAUGCAAGCGGUGGCGUUCAGAAUUUAAUGUCCACCAUUCAAGAAGUCCCACGGCAAGCUCAAGAAGUCAUUUCUCAGGUACAAUCAAAGGCGCAAGACAUAGCUACAGAUCUGAAGCAAAUUCCCACCAUAGCUAAGGAAACUAUUAUGCAAGUUCAGUCCUCUGUUAUGCAACAAGGACAAACAGCUGUACAGAAUCUCCAAACAACGGCUGAGGAAACAGUGACAAAGGUCGUAGACGACGGUACUGCCAACGUAAAUGAUGCCGUUGUUAAAAUUCAAGCCGGAGUUCGUGGCUACCUCACUCGGAAAUCAUUGAAAGGAAAGAAAGAAUCGGCUGAUCCCUCCUCUACAAAUAACGAGGAUGCAAGCACAGACAGCGACCUCCUCGUUGACUUGGGCAAGGAGCAGGUGGAAGGACCUUCAGAGUCUGAACUUCUGGAGUACUUGCAGGACGCAGAGAGUUCCCAACUCAACGAGCAGGAGCUCUCUUGGCUGGAGGAAGGCCUUGGCGAAGGACAGAAAGAGGCCGCCACCAAGAUCCAAGCUGCCUUCAGGGGAUACAAAGUUCGCAAGGAUCAGAAAAGCAAAUAGCCUUUUUUUCUGCAUAUGGACAUCUUGCUCACACCAAUGUAAUCGAACUCAGAUCAGUCUUCUUCAUACACACAGAAGUACCUAUCGCUUUUCAAGCACAAUAUUUUUGUUAAAUAACGGCUUCAAUUUUGAAAAUUUUCAACAAACGCCUGCCAGAUUUUUUACAGUAGAAACAAAUGCUUAGGAGAUCCUGCUCUAGAUAUGUCAAUUAAAUGUGAUAUAAUUGGCACUGUGACUAGCGAAUUUUCAUUCAGAUUUCUCGGUUCCCGUUAUUUUACUGAAGAAAUAACUUCGUUUCUCAUACAUUCCCGCAUUUUUCUUUCACAAACUUAAUCAGGCUUUCUCAGCAUGUGUCCAUUGAGCUUAAUUCGAUUAUUUUUCUUUUCAUUAUCGUGCAUUAUGGACAAUAUGUGUACUCGAAGGAGAUUUGUGUUAGUAGUUUUCUAUCAAGUAUUAGAUUUCCGCUGUUUAGGUUCAGCUUUUAAAUUUUGUGUGGAAAAUGACAAUGAAAACAGAGUUGCAAAAUGUUAGGAUACAACUACUUUAAUCGAAGUAGCCGCAAAUGUGCAACUAUUUCAAAAAUUCCCUAAGAGCAUUGAUUUUUGUGAUAUUUUCUAUCAAACAGGUAGAUAGGGAAACACAAUGAAAUACUUCUCUUGAAAUACAUUUGUUUCAAAACAUGUUAAAUUGAUGACGUCAGUAAUGUUUGGCAUGCAUUAGCUUGCAAAUUAAAGGUGUUUGGUUCAUUGCAAAAUGGUGAUUCAAAAAUACUCAUUUAAUUUUUUUUUUUUUAAUUGUAAUUGCAUUUUCUUUUCGUAUUAGUGCCAUGUUGUUGGGAUUCGGAAUAUUUGAUUCUAAUUACGUAUUCUAAUCAAAACUUCAAUAUCUUAUUGACGUGACUGAAAGGUUCAAACUCGGUAGCAGACGCUUGGAUGCUCGUCGCCGAUUCUUGCAAAAGUCUGGAAAUUAUUUUCAAACUGAAAUUUUUUUCUUCAAUUGAUUUCUGCGUGAAUCUGUCGACUUUAAAAUAUAAAAGUACAAUUCAGAAUGAAACAGAAGAACGAUAGCAAAAAUAAAUAAAUAUAUAAAGGGAAUGGACACCUGCACCUCGUUGACUUCGGCAAGGAGCAGGUGGGAUGACCUUCGGAGUCGGAGCUUCUGAAGUAUUUGCAGCACGUAGAGAGUUUCCGACUCAACGAGUAGGAGCUCUCUUGUUUCUCACUGCAACGUACUAAGGAAGUGAAGGAGAUAACACUAACAUUUUUUUUUUUUUUUGAUUCAGAAAAACGUCAAAAACGUCAAUAUGUUCUUUUCCAAAUUAAGAUUAUUACUAUUUGAUUGAUUGGUAUAUGACAAACAAGAACACUCAAUACCACGACCUUCAGUCACACACACAAAGCUGGUUACCAAAUCCGUAAACAACUUCGAUAUGUGAAUUUAAAAAGAAAAAAUGAACAAAUUAAAAUUGCCAAAAUGUUAAGAUAAACUUCAUGCAUCUUUUUAACAAUGUCUCUUAAACUAUUAAAACAAAAAGUGCCAUUAUGUUUUAGAAUUCAUUGUUCAAGACAUAUAGAUCGCUCAACAUUACUUCGGGAGUCCUUCACCUGAAGCUGAUCUGAUCAAGUUCGAAAAUGAUUUGGUGUGUUUAGUCUCAAAGCUUCAACAGGUCCGUCUGUUUUCCUAUUGCCGGAUCUGUGAUUGAUGCGCCUCUGUUUAUCGCAUUGUUUCGUUUUUCACCAAGAGCAGAGUACAUAGAAAAUAAUUGAUGCAGCUGUUUUUUUGUAAUAAAAGCUUUUGAAAUUUGAAAAUAAAAAUGUAAAUAAAUUGCUUAUUAAUUUCAG